AUGUCCAGCAGCACAACCCCAUUCAACAAAUCGAAUACAUUGGAUGAACCUCAUAAGGUAGUCAAAGUAGAUGCCAGCGAUGGCAGAUCUGGCGAUAAUCUUGAAAUAUCCUACACUUCGUGCAAAGUAGUCGGCAAUGGCUCGUUUGGUGUUGUUUUCGCUGCUAAAUUAAUUUCACCAAGGGAAGAAGACAUUGCCGUUAAAAAGGUUUUGCAGGAUAAGAGGUUUAAGAACCGUGAACUACAGAUCAUGCGUAUCGUCAACCACCCGAACGUUGUCAACUUGAAAGCUUUCUUCUACUCUUCAGGCGACAAACCCGCUAGAGAUGAAGUUUAUCUCAAUUUGGUGCUCGAAUUCGUUCCAGAGACCGUUUACCGUGCUUCACGUCAUUACUCAAAGUUGAAGCAGACUAUGCCAAUGAUACACGUUAAGCUCUACAUGUAUCAGCUACUCCGCUCACUUGCUUACAUUCACUCCUCUGGUAUUUGUCAUAGAGACAUCAAACCGCAGAACCUUCUCCUGAAUGUAAACACGGGUGAACUCAAGUUAUGCGAUUUUGGUUCGGCUAAAAUGCUCAUCCCAGGUGAGCCAAAUGUUAGUUACAUCUGUUCGAGGUACUACAGAGCCCCUGAACUCAUUUUUGGUGCAACUAACUAUACUACUGCUAUCGAUAUCUGGUCCACUGGUUGCGUCAUGGCUGAGCUCAUGCUCGGUCAACCUCUUUUCCCAGGUGAAUCAGGUAUCGACCAGCUAGUCGAAAUCAUCAAAAUCUUGGGUACACCUACCAGAGAUCAAAUUAAGACUAUGAAUCCAAACUACAUGGAACACAAGUUCCCUCAAAUUAAACCUCACCCCUUCAACAAAGUCUUUAGACCAAAGACUCCUCAAGAUAGCGUCGAUCUCAUUACUCAGUUGCUCCAAUACACCCCCGAACAGAGAUUAACUGCUAUCGACGCCAUGUGUCAUCCCUUCUUCGACGAAUUAAGACAGCCUGAUGGGAAGCUACCAAAUGGUAACCCCUUCCCUCCCCUAUUUAACUUUACAAAGGAGGAAUUAUCCAUCAAACCUGAAUUAAAUGACACCCUCGUCCCGUCAUUCGCCAGAAGCUCCCUUCAAUCUGAUAUGGGAAUCGAUCUAAACAACUUUGAUCCUAUACCACUUGAUCAAAUGCGUCUUUCAAUUGAGUAG